CGCAGAGCCGGCGCAGAGCCGGCCGGGCCGGGCUGGGUCGGGUCCGUGCCGCCGCUGUCACAGCUGCCACCGCUGCCGGGRCUGAGCCAGCAUGCGGCUGCGCUCGGGGGUGUUCGCCUCCUCCUGCCUCCUGGUGCAGGCCCUGGGCGUCGCACUGUUCCUCCGCGGCUUCUUCCCGGUGCCCGUCAGGUCCCUGCCCCGCAGAGAGGCCCGCGCGGAGCCGCCCGCCGARCCGGCCCCGCCCGGCACAGGAAUGGUUUCUAACUGGACCAAGAUUCCUCCACCRCUUUUCAAAAAAGUUGUCAUUGUGCUGAUAGAUGCUUUGAGAGAGGACUUUGUGUUUGGAUCCAAAGGUAAACAGUUCAUGCCAUACACCACGCAAGUUGUUGAAAAAGGGACUUCCUACAGUUUCAUUGCUGAAGCCAAGCCACCCACUGUGACUAUGCCUCGAAUUAAGGCUUUGAUGACAGGUAGCAUACCUGGUUUCAUCGAUGUUGUUGUGAACCUCAAUUCUCCAGCUCUGUUGGAUGACAAUCUGAUAUGGCAGGCAAAAACGGCUGGGAAAAGAAUAAUAUUCUACGGYGAUGAUACUUGGGUUAAAUUGUUCCCAAAGCACUUCGUGGAAUAUGAUGGAACAACAUCGUUUUUUGUGUCAGACUUCACAGAGGUUGAUGAUAAUGUUACCAGACAUUUGGAUAGAGUGUUAAAGAGAGAAGACUGGGAUCUUCUAAUACUACAUUACCUGGGGUUGGACCAUAUUGGACAUAUGACUGGGCCAAACAGCCCAUUAGUGGGACCAAAACUUCGUGAAAUGGAUAACAUACUGAAAAAGAUUCAUAUUUCUCUUCUUUCAAAGGAGGAAGCUUCUCUGCCCAAUUUGCUAGUUGUUUGUGGGGAUCAUGGGAUGUCUGAAACAGGUAGUCACGGUGGCUCUUCAGAAGGAGAAGUGCAUACACCACUGCUGUUUAUCAGCUCUGCUUUUGAAAAGAGAAGUGGUCCUCUAGCCCAACCUGAACGUGUGCAGCAAACAGAUUUAGCUAGCACACUGGCAAUUGGUCUUGGUCUGCCAAUUUCAAGAAACAGUGUGGGGAACCUUAUAUUGCCAGUUGUUGGAGGCAAGACAAUGAGAGAACAGCUACGUUUUGUGCACUUGAAUGGGUUCCAGCUUAGCAGAUUGCUGCAAGAGAAUACACCUGCAUAUGAAAAAGAUCCUGGAUAUGAACAUUUUAAGAUAGCAGAAAAAUCCCAUGGUAAUUGGAUCAAACUGUAUUUAGAGGGGAAUAAUUCAGAAAUACUCUUAAAUCUUGGCAAGAAGGUCCUGAAGCUAUACUUGGAGGCCCUCAAGACUUUGAGUUCUUCAUUAAGCAAACAAGUAGCACAAUAUGACAUGUAUUCGAUGAUGGUGGGGACUGUCAUCAUUAUGGAGGUUCUGCUACUGCUUUUGCUCAGUGUUCCAAAAGCCCUGAGCAAGCGGGCAGAAUUUGAAGUACCCCUCUCCCCUCCACUAUUCUCUCUGCUGUUUUACUUGAUGUGUCUGAUGCUGUGCGCAGUUCAUGUCAUUGUAUGCACAUCYGCAGAAAGUCUGUGCUAUUUCUGCAGUAUGUCCUGGUUAACAGCAGUUGGAGUGAUGAUGCUGAUUUCUGCACUCAUGUGUGGUAUUUUAUCUGCUAUUGCAAAGAACUUUGAGAAUUCCAGACUUCCACUGAAGAAUCCUACUGUGUCCAGCUCUAGCUGGUCAGAAAUAGAUGUGCUGAUUCUGGCUGGAACCAUUGGCCAUGUUUUGAGUUUGGGGGCAAGCAGUUUUAUAGAAGAGGAACAUCAAACCUGGUAUUUUCUUAUCAAUACGCUUUGUUUGGUGCUGUGUCAGGAACUCUGUAGAAAUAAUUUUCUUCUGAAAGAAUGUGACCUUCAACAUAGCACCAAUGUGAAACAAAAUUUUGAUAGUAUGGCGGAAACCUCUGAGUGCAAGAAUAUAGACAUUCCAGCAGCAAUUAAUUCAAAACUGGGCAAGGCCACCUCUUCAUCUGAAUUCAUAAAAGGAUCAGAUAAAUGGAUAAGCUUAGCAACUCCAUGGAUCAUCCUUAUUUGCUGUCGGCUCCUUCGAUCCUUGAAUCAGACAGGUGUUCAGUGGGCUCAUCGGCCAGACUUUGGACAUUGGCUGACAAGCUCUGAACAUAAAUUUGAACUCUCCUUCUUGGCUGCAGUCUCSCUACUUCUGAUCUUCUUUCUGGUUCAAAGAAGGUGCUCCCUGGUUUCAAAAAUUGCUAUGGCACUUGGGCUCCUGGGAGUCUACAGUUACCGGGCAGCUAUUGGAAAUGUCACAUUUCCAUGGCAACAUGGUGGCAAAGAUAUUUCAAAGGGGAUUACUGAAGCUCGUUUUGUUUAUGUCUUUGUUCUUGGCAUAGUCUUCACUGGCACUAAAGAUUUACUAAAGUCACAGGUUAUUUCUGCAGACUCCAGCAUGAAGAGCACAGGAUUAUGGGAAGUAUAUAGCGGAUUGGUUCUACUAGCAGCUCUUCUAUUUAGACCUCACAAUUUACCAGUCUUGGUGUUUUGUCUGCUGAUUCAGACAAUGAUGACAAAAUAUAUUUGGAGACCUUUGAAAUUCGAUGCAGCACAGAUUACUAUCAUGCACUACUGGUUUGGCCAAGCUUUCUUCUAUUUUCAGGGAAAUUCAAAUGGCAUUGCUACUGUGGAUGUUUCAGCAGGUUUUGUGGGACUAGACAGCUAUGUGGAGAUACCAGCUAUCUUCCUCACAGCAUUUGCAACAUAUGCGGGACCUUUUCUUUGGGCCAUCCAUCUGCUGUGCUAUUUGAGUUCUGAAGUUAGCAGGAAUUCUGCAGCAGUGGGUCACGGCUGUUUCUGCUACGCUCUGAUGCGUUCGAUUCCAGUUGCCAUCUACGUUGUUUUGGUAACAGGUCUGCGCUACCACCUGUUCAUAUGGAGCGUCUUCUCGCCCAAGCUACUGUAUGAGGGAGUGCAUGUGUUCAUCACAGCUGCUGUCUGCCUGUUCUUCACAGCAAUGGAUCAGAACCACUCUUACAGAGUGCAAGACUGAAAAUAAGUGUGUGGUACGUAGUUCUGCAUUGUAAUGUCCAGUGUGCCACUGGAAUGGAAGAAGGGAAAUAAUGGUUUUACAUUGUUGUGCAUAUUUCGAAGAAUAAAUUGUUAAAAGAGUUGUUUAUUUUAGUCAAGAUCAGGAUUUGAAGGGUCUGUCCUGUGUUAAAACUGAGUUUGCUUSAAAAAUGUUGAAUUGAAAUAAACUAUUUUUCAUGGAUACCUUUUGUUCUAUAGCUAUCAUUAUAGCACUCUCCAAAUAAUAGAAUGGUGAUAUUAGAAUGUUUUGAAUUUAAAAAUAUACAUAUUAAUAUAAAUACAGACCAUUGUCUCAUGGGCACUGAAAAAAUCUUGUGUGCAUAUGUAUUUUUUACCUUCUUGGACUACAGAAUCCUGAAAAUGUACAGGAUUUCUUGGUGCUGUUCACCAGAUCUUGAAUCUGUUAGCCUCAGGGGGGUUUUGUGUUUGUUUUCUUUCCAGUGGAUGCAUUUGAACAUAUUAAAUUAUUAUUGUAUAAGCAUCCCAGGUAAGAGAUUUUGUUUGUUUUGUAUAGGCACCAAGCAUUUCUAUUUAAAAACAGCAUUUUCUUUGUAAGAUGAGUGCAAUGAUUAUUUGUAAUGGAUUUCGAUCUGCACUUCAGACACUGAAUAAGAAACAUUUAUGGUCUAAGUAAUGARUCUUCUAUGGAGUCCAUUCACUGCUAAAAUGUUGUUUCUCCUUAUCAGUGUAUAAAUGUUAAAUCAGGUCAGUGGCAGCCACGCUGARCAUUUGAUCAUGUUUUCCACAUUUGGGUAGAGAGUUGUGAGCAGUGAGCAGGAAAACAGUUUUAUGGACUAAGUUACCAGCAGAAUAAAAGGUGUAAAAGGUGUGUUUUCAGUUUGCAUCGCCAUGUCCCUGGUGACCUGCCUAGCCAUCUCACUUGAAUGUGCUGUGAUUAAUUUCUGACAAUGCUGUUUUCCUGCUUCUGUCAAGAAGAUAUAUGUUAAUGACUAUACUGACUAUCAGUAUCCAUGUGGGGAUUUUUUGCAUCAUAGUUUUGUCCAUAUUAGUAGUUUGUUUGAGUUAGUCUAAAUAGGUUCAAGGUAUAUCAGAAGAGAACCAUACAGAAAACUUUUAACUUUUAUAAUAAAUAUGAGAAAAGAAAGAUUUCAACAGCUAUAUAGUUGACAGAAUAGUUGUUAGACUUGCUGAUGCACUUUUUGUCUCAUGUUUCAGAUAAUGCAGAUCUCAAAAYGUAGGCCUUUAGUUUUUAUACAUUAAUAAUUGGCCAUCUGGAUUACUAAUAAUGAAAUGUUUUUUCAGCUAUAAAACAACCAAAAUUUUCAAUAUAUUGGCAACAGACUGCUCUUUACCUGGAGGAGAGACUAUGGGAUCUUAAUGUYAUUUGCUGUGACCUGCUGGAAGAUUGAAGAUUAAAUACUUUUAAUAAAUCACUUUUUACUGCCAACUAUGGUUAUUUAAAACAAUUUGUAUUUAUGAAUCUGCACCUACCAUUUUCAUAAUUCUCAAUAUUUUUCUGGUUACCUGCUGGCUAGCCACCAUGUCAGCAUUAUCAACCUCUUUUCUGUUUACUUAUGUGAUUAGUUCAUAAGCAGUCCUUCCUAAAAUUCAUACUGAGCAUAUUUGUAAGAUAUUUGAUUUGGAAAGAAAGGGUGCUAAUAAAGAGAUUGAAGGGGUAGAGCAGAAAUUGCAUCUGGUUACAGAUUCCUAAAACAAUGUGGAAUGACAGUCACAUGAUCUUUUAUUCCUUCUUUUUUUUUUGUUUUUCUGUCUAGUAUAUCUCUUUUAUCAAAUAGUGAAAUCUUAAUUAAUGUGUAUGUAUUGAGAUUGCAUUUUUUUUUCAGAUUACUUACUUAAAUAGUCAGUGUCCCCCUUCUCCUCUGAAAUUGAAAGAUGUCCAGAUUGGACGCAGAAUAAAAUGGCUUGGGAAAACUGUUAUUUAGGUCUUCAAGACCAAGAAAGGAAGGAAGGAGAAGAGACUGCAUCUCUGUCUCAAAUUAACUCAUGAGGUUGUGUGAUAUAUGAAAGAAAUAUGGUGCUUUCAAUUUCAGAAUCGAUAUUUUUAUUCUUUCUCACCGUUUCCCUUUGGGUAUAGGCAAUUAGACAAUCUUUUACCUUCAUCAGCUUAUGGGUUCUAGCGAUGCAAAGCUGAGGCAGYGAAGGAAUGAGUUGGUUCUUGCUGCAGGCAAACAGACUUUAACUGGGGGAUUAUGUUAUAAUAAUUUUAUUUUAAAUCAACAUGAAGUUUCGGCAUUUGAUCUGAAUGUACAGAGAACGUAAAUGCCUGAGCACAAAUUCUUAUCUCACUAGUUCGCUGUUCUACCUCCCUUCUUGUCACGUUCAACAUGUUUCUAACCCUCAGACAAGGAGACAAGUGACACGGGAAGCAGGAAUGCUACUGGGGAUUUUUUUUUGGCAUUUUGAGCAUACCAGUGUCCUCUGUCCAAGUCAUCUCKUGUCCCUGCUUCAGUGUGGAAUCAGCCUGGGCUGCAGCCUCCUCAGUAGUACCCUAUGCACAGGCACAGACUCCUCCCUAAAUGCCUUCUGAGCAGGGAUGUUUGCUCUGUUUGGAUAAAGUUUUGCCAUGGUAAACAUUUCUGCUCAGCACCUUCACUGCUUGUCAAAGACAGGUUCAGCCAGUUGCUGUGGUCUGUAGGUGGCUCUGCUACAUUUCACUAGGUCACCAUCAGUCAGCACAGACCAAAGCUUGUAACUGAUGUCCCCUAUGAUCCCACARAUUCAAAGUGGUGAAGCUUGAGCUUCAUUCUUGUAAAUGAAUUCYGGUUUAAGAAAAAAAUACUAAAUCUGUUUGUAUUUCAUAUAUUCUAUAUCUGUAUUUCUGCUCUCUAGGGAAAAAAAAACCCUCUGUUUUCCUUGGUUCUACAUAAGCCAGCAGGAAAUCCACAGCAUGCCCUCAGCCUUUCCAGUAGCCAGGACAUGCAUGCUAGGCCACUGUUCCUCUGUGAUUCUCUUAGUAAGGGUACGGGGAGUUUCUGGAAUCCCUCACAUAAAGCAUUUGCAAACUUAAACAAGAUUUAACUACACACAUGCACAGUUGUGGGAAGUGGGGCCAUGGUUGCAGGUUACCAUGAAGGGCUUCCCCUGAAAAACCAAGGUUUCCCUGUCUGCUUCACCAGCAGAAAGAGGGGAAAAAAGCUGUGGCCCCACUGGUCAGUGGGGCAGGAGGGGUGUCAUUAUAAGCCUCCCACUCUCCUAACUAUGAAAGAGUAUGAUCAGGGGAUGUUUGUGAGGUUAGCAUUGCACCAUCUAACUUUCCUUUCUAAGGAGAGUCUGGGGAGUAGCUGGCCAUAGUUGGCCAUCAGCCUCUCCUCAGUGCACAAGCAGGUAAUAUAGAGGGAGUCUGUUCGCCAAGAACUGGAUGGUGGGAAAAUGACUGAAAGGAAAUUUGCAGGACAGCUUGUUGCUGGCCCAUUUAUUGGUUCUUCUCUACCUAAACAAGACCUUCAKCAGGGUGUACUUGGUAGCCACAUGUUGAGCAAUAGAUGAGUGGGCGUGAAGGUGGAGUUGAUCUCUGGGCUCCAGGGGUUGACUUCAGUAGUCUGAGGUCCCUUGGUUGGCUGAGAAGUGAUGGGAGGAAGUGGAGAGAGAAUGGGCAGCAGUACAGCCUGGGCACAUGGGCUGGUAAUGGUGCAGGAUGGUGCCCAUGGGCUGGUGAACAGCCCUGACAGCCUGAUCCUGUUCCCCAGCUUGUCAGUAUUCAAGGAAAAAGCAUACACACACACACACGUGUGUCUGCAUGGACAUGCAGUACCUGGCCCAGGUCCCAGUGGCCUGCCCUGCUGCUGUCGCCCAGACAAGGGAAUCCCUGAGGCUUCCAGCUUCUGUUGCUGGUAUCCAGACCUCUUACAAGUGUGUCCCACUUGAAGUUCACUACUGUUCACUGCUGUUCGCUACCAAAAGUAGAGGAUGCACUCACAAAGAAGCAGGAUUUAGUGAGAGAAUGGGACACUCAGUAGAGAUGAAGAACUGCCACAGGGAAGUAUACACACUAGAAGCCUGUUUAUGCUGAGCCAGCACUUUAAAUCCACAUUUUCUUCUGCUUUAUCAUAUGAAUUCCUUUCUGAGCCAUCCUUCCUUUUCCCCUCCUUUUGUCUCCUCCCUAAGUAUUACAUAAUGACUUGCAUCUUCCAUCAAUCCCCUUAAACACAUGCAGUAAGCUUUACUGAAUCCUGAAGUGCUUUUCCCUUUGCAUCCCAUGAGUUGUGUGCUCCUUCAGGCAGUAAAUUCCUUCAGUCUGCAAGGUCUUCAGGGGGAGGAGUUUCUUUUUUUGACUAAUCGGGGUGUGCUUCACACCAGGGACARUUGUCCAUUUGAUUAGUGAGUGAUAUUGUCAUCUGAAUAAAUUACUAUAAAUUGCUGAUUGAGCAAUUAGGUUAGCAGAGACCCUGAGCAAGUGCUUGCCUGUCUGACCUUCAUGCAGUCAUGAACAAUCUUUUAUCAGCUGAGUUCACAGUGAUUUGUGCCUUGUUUCAACCUGGGGAUGAGGAAGCAUCGGAGACCUUUUGCAUGCAGUCAGCUCCAAGGAGUGGGGGAAUGGAGAUAAUGGAGGUAAAUUCCUCUUGGAAGGGCACAGGGAGAGCUUCAAAGGCAACAAGCACAAGUUGCAGUACAGGACACUUCCAGGAGGUCAGCAGGCUCUUCUCUUACCUGGGUGUUUAUUAUGGGGAUGGGGCCCAGACCUUCACCCUGGGAGAUCUUCCAGCAUUGGAUCAACCUCACUUAGUUGUCCCUGCUGUUGGCUGGAAAUUGCUCUCUGUGAGCUCCAAAGAUCUCUUUCAGCCAACAUUUGUCAAGGGUUCUGUGGUUUUGUUGUGUUUGAAAUUGUCUCUGCAAUUUCUUACUGUUUCACAUGUUACUUCCUGAAGUUAGAAAGCUUUGUCAUUGAUUUCAUAAUAAAACUUUAAAAAUAAAAUUAACCAAUAAAAAAGAAAAUGUAUGUCAU